ACAAUUUCCAUGGUUAUGGAUUGUCGUUAUUUAUACCGGUGGUUUAAAUAAAAGUAGUAAGAAAGAUAAAGCCACAGGAACACAAAAAGCAACAACCAACGACCAAACAGUUCUCAAUUUCUUGUGUUUGUUUAAAAGAAUAUUUGGAAUAUAUUAUUAAAAAAAACCACAAAAUGGAUACUGGGGUUAGACCGAAAUUUAUGCCAUUGAAACUGAAGGAUUUACUGAGCAGCAGUGACGACUCUAGGUCAGAGGAAGCACCGUCAACUGAUCGAAAGAAACUGGAGCCGAUGAAAAUUAAAGACUUGAUCAAAUCUUGUAGUGCUAGAAAGAAGACAGAAUCGGCAAAAUUUGUGAAUCCUUCGAAGAGUGUAGAUAGACAUGUUAAUGUCCCACGAAAGAGUGUUGCACCUUCAUCAUCAUUUGAUGUGCAUGCUCGAAGAAAGUUGUAUACUACACAAAACACUCCGCACGCAUUGAAUCGUCAAUCAAAAUUAAAGCCUACUUCUCAAAGUCAACCGCAGCAAAUUGGUGACAAUCGAAAUUUGUCUUCACGAAAAAGUUUAUUACUACCUCCUAAUACAAUAAAAGAAUAUUAUAUUCACAGAAGAAAAAGUAAAGGAGCAACUAUGAAAACCACUCAUGAGGACGUGGCUGUUCAAACCGAUACUGAUAACCGUUCAGAAACUAAAAAUAACACGACUAAAGACACUAAACUUACAAAUAGUUGUCAUUGUGGCACAGAGAUAAAUUCUGAAAUUCCCACUGUUUUACAGUCAUUAAAGGAAACUGCAUUAAACAAAAAUGCAGCUGCUGGAACCUCAAUAUGUACAGAAAGUGAACAAAUUUCAACAAAUUCGUGCGUUUCACUUUCUACAGCUGGUGUAUUAGACAGCCAAAUUAAUAGUAAUAAAAAUUGUCUAAAUUCUCAAUUACGAGGACUAAAAUCUUCCAUUUCAACUGAUAAUGAUUGUGUACUCGUUGUACAACCUUUACCUCAAAAUCAAGUAUUUUUUCAAGUCCCUGAAAGUAUGGAACAUCAAAGAAUUUUACGAAACAUUCCUACUAUGAAUUAUACAUGCAACUCCAAUUCUGAUCAAUUCAUUGUAGACAGAACUAAUUUUCUUGCAAUAGAAGAAUUCCUCAAGGAAGGAAUUGUUAAUAUGACUCAAGCUUUAAGUAUCGUGCAGGCCACGUUGUAUUCAAACUCUCUUCAACAGCAGAUGCAAUCUACUGUCUCCAAUGAUAAAGAACGCACGUCAACGUACUUUGCUACUCCUGUCAUUCAUAAUAUCUUUAACCCUGCCUCGGAACUCUGCGACAUAGUUGAUGUGAAAAUAGAACCGACUUAUGGUGAUACAAGUCCCCCCAUUAUAUCUAUGCCACUACCUGUUUUUGAGAGUUUUUCGACAAAUGAAUUGUCAAAUGAAAAAUCUUUGACACCAACUCCUAGUGAGACUAAUUCUAAUAAUAAAUUGCCAAAAGAAAAAUCUGCACCACUGCGUGAAAUCGAUACAUUACGAGUACGAUUAGAGAAUUGUUUAAAGUUUCCGCCCACUGCCAACGCAUUAAGAGGGACUAGCGUUUCAAAGGAAGUGAUCCAGAAAAGCGUUGAUUCAUCUGAAACCUCUAAUUUGACUUCAACUAAUCAACAUUCGCAAAGAAAUCCUAAGGAAAGCGAUGCUAUUGUCCUUAAAACUCCCACACGAAAUGCGAAAAGAGUCGACAAUAAUUUACUGAAAACACCAAAAACUAUAGAUAGAAAUCCAUUAUUAAAAUUAACGACUCCUUCUAGAAGAAUAGAGAAUAAGGAAAAUUUCCAAACACCAAUGUCGCGUAGAAAAACAUUUUCUGGCUUGGAUUCCCAGAAGCUAAGACGGUCAGCACGCAUUGCUAGACAUCAUCUUCGGCAAUCGUUAGGAGAAGACAGUUUUCUUGCUCUAGAAAGGGAAUUGGAUAUUGUGUAUCCUUCUUCGAAUGUUUAAAAAUGUAGUUGAUAAAUAUAAAUGCUAUGUAGUUAUUAUAGAAUUCUAAAGAAUAGAAAAUCAACGAAUUCUAUAUCAUUUAUGUAAAAUCUUUUAUUAAUUUUUUUUUCUUUUCAACAUUACUCAUAACUCAUAUUAGUUAAUACUUCGAUCAUAAAUUUAUAAAUUUCAGCUAUUCUAUCACGGAAAUUAUUUUUUUGUUAUUUAAGUAUUUUAUAAUAUAUUUUUAAGAUGAAAACUAUUUUGAGACUUUAUUAUUUCUAAUAUUUCUAUUCUGUAAAACACAUUAUUGAUAGUUAUAUACACUACCGGCGGUAAUUGUGCGACCCCUGCUUUUUUGAUGACUAUUAACCCUCCGUCACGCACCUUAGAAAUAAUUACACCAUUACACACGUUUAGAGGGAAUCCCUCACCACACUGUAAAAUAAG